AUCUCAACCUGUUUCCUCCUCCUCCUCCCGCGGCACCUCGGCACUCCCGUGCGCGGCGGCGGAGCGCCUGGGCGCAGCCCGGCAGCCAGGGCGCGGCGACGGGCGCGGGUUCCCCCGUUCUCCUCCCCCAGCGGCCGGUGUGAGGAUGGCCCGGAGACCCCGGCACAGGUAACCCGCUGUCUAAGGGCGGGCGGUGACCAGCCCCGCUCCGCGCCUGUCAGAUGCGGAGCGGAGGACAGGGAAAGCACGCAGCGGGAGAAGGUCUUGCCUGGCGAGCGGGCGUGCAGCCCCCUCCUCCGACUUCCGUGCACCUGGACUACUCCACUCCCGGCCCCGAAGCACAGCGUUCAGUGCUCCUCUCCUCCAGAGGCUCCGGAGAAGCGGCAGCCCGGCGAGAUUUAAGGCAGAGCCGUCUGUGACGGGGCGCCCGAGUCCCGCGCCGGACGCCUGCCGGACGCCGCGACGGGCCGGGACUCGCUGCCCUCUGGGGUCAGCGCAGCGCCCAGCAGUGCUGUCCGUCCCGCAGCUGCACGGCAGGACAAUGCCGGGCUGGCUCGGCGGCGGCAGGUAGCGCGUCCCGACUCAUUCAUUCAUUCAUUCUCGGCGCGGUGGGACGGCAGGUGGGCGGCAGGCGCGGGGUCUAGGCUUGCUUCCUCUUCUUCAUUUUUAUUUAUUCUCGCAGUGGUCGCCCCUUUGCCCUCGGGAGCGCGGCUGUCCCCCGCGGCGGUAGUGACGCCCCGCGGGGCAUGGCUUUUUUCCGCACACGCCGCUGGGCGCAUGCAGGAGCGCGGCAGCGCGGGCUUGUAGCUGCGCGGGGCUGCGGGUCCGACGGGAGCUUAACUGGAGCUGUCACCCGUGCCUGCUCACCCGCUCGCCGCGCUCAAGGCAUAUAUAGUAGUGAUGAUGAUGAAGAUGAUGUUGAGAUGUAUGAUCAUGAUUAUGAUGGUCUGCUUCCUAAGACUGGAAAACGUCACUUAGGAAAAACCAGGUGGACCCGCGAAGAGGAUGAGAAACUGAAGAAGCUUGUGGAGCAGAAUGGCACAGAAGACUGGAAAGUCAUUGCCAAUUUCCUUCCUAAUCGGACAGAUGUUCAGUGCCAGCACCGAUGGCAGAAGGUACUAAACCCAGAACUUAUUAAAGGUCCAUGGACUAAAGAGGAGGAUCAAAGGGUAAUAGAACUCGUGCAGAAAUACGGUCCAAAGCGCUGGUCUGUCAUUGCUAAGCAUUUGAAGGGAAGGAUUGGAAAACAGUGCAGGGAGAGGUGGCACAACCAUUUGAAUCCAGAAGUGAAGAAAACCUCCUGGACAGAAGAGGAAGAUAGAAUUAUUUACCAGGCACACAAGAGGCUGGGAAACAGAUGGGCAGAAAUUGCAAAGUUGCUGCCUGGACGAACCGAUAAUGCUAUCAAGAACCACUGGAACUCCACGAUGCGCCGGAAGGUUGAGCAGGAGGGCUACCUACAGGAGUCCUCCAAAGCCUGUCACUCCUCAGCAGCAGCUGGCUUUCAGAAGAGCAACCACUUGAUGACCUUUGCUCACAACCCUCCUUCUGCACAGCUGCCAGUAGCUGGCCAGACAGCAAUGAGCAAUGACUACCCUUACUACCACAUCUCUGAGCCACAAAAUGUCCCUGGUCAGAUCCCAUAUCCAGUAGCACUGCAUGUAAAUAUUGUCAAUGUUCCUCAGCCAGCUGCUGCAGCUAUUCAGAGACACUAUAAUGAUGAAGACCCUGAGAAAGAAAAACGAAUAAAGGAAUUAGAGUUGCUACUAAUGUCGACUGAGAAUGAACUGAAAGGGCAGCAGGCAUUACCAACACAGAACCACACAUCAAACUACCCUGGCUGGCACAGCACCACAACUGCUGACAGUACCAGGACCAGUGGUGACAAUGCACCUGUUUCCUGUCUGGGGGAACAUCACCACACUCCAUCUCCACCAGUGGAUCAUGGUUGUUUACCUGAGGAAAGUGCAUCCCCUGCACGGUGCAUGAUUGUUCACCAGAGCAACAUCCUGGAUAAUGUUAAGAAUCUCUUAGAAUUUGCAGAAACACUUCAGUUAAUAGACUCCGAUCCUUCAUCAUGGGGUGAGCUCAGCAGUUUUGAAUUCUUUGAAGACAAAGACACGUGGGCUAACAAAGCUCCCUCUAGCAAAGUUACACAGCUUCAGCAAAGAGGGGCCAGUGCUUGUAGACCUCAAGGACACCCCGUCACAACCUUGAGCAAAAUCACGUCGAGUCAGAACUCUCCUGGCUCACCAAAAUACUUAUCUGCCUCACAGGGCAGCGCGGCUCCAUGGGUCCUUGUUCGCAAAAGGAGAGGGGACUCCAGCCCCUUAGCCAGUGGCCACGGUAGCACCUUUGUCCUAGCUGACGUCAGCAGCUCAACUCCUCCUAAGCGCUCCCCUGUCAAAAGUCUGCUCUUCUCUCCCUCGCAGUUCUUAAACACCUCAUCCAAUCAUGAAAACCUGAACCUGGACAAUCCAGCACUAACUUCCACACCAGUGUGUGGCCAUAAGAUGGCUGUUUCCACACCAUUCCACAGGGACCAGACUUUCAAAGCUCAGAAGGAAAAUCACAUUUUCAGAACUCCAGCAAUCAAGAGGUCAAUAUUAGAGAGCUCUCCAAGAACACCCACUCCAUUCAAAAAUGCACUUGCAGCUCAGGAAAUCAAAUAUGGCCCUUUGAAGAUGCUGCCUCAAACUCCGACUCAUCUUGUAGAAGAUCUGCAGGACGUUAUCAAGCAAGAGUCAGAGGAAUCUGCAAUAGUGGCUGGGCUACAUGAAAGUGGACCCCCUUUGCUGAAGAAAAUCAAACAAGAGGUGGACUCACCAACAGAUAAAACUGGAAAUUUUUUUUGCUCCAAUCACUGGGAAGGAGAAAACCUCAACACUCAGCUCUUUACACAAGCAUCUGCUGGAGAGGAUCUGCCAAAUCUUCUUACCAGCUCCAUUUUAAAGAUGCCUGUGUCUGAAGAGGAUGGUAGUUUUCACAAAACAUUUGCAGUGCCUCGGAACAGGCCACUAGCUAGCCCUCUGCAGCAUCUGAACAAUGCCUGGGAGUCAGCGUCCUGUGGGAAGACCGAGGAUCAGAUGGCCCUGACGGAUCAGGCGCGCAAGUACAUGAGCACCUUCCCCACCCGGACUCUGGUGAUGUGAAGGGAUUGGCGGACAGAGAAGCAUUAUGGUUCUGAGAACACUUCACCUCCACAGGGAAAUUCCUGUUCCUCUGCAUGGAAACUUUUCACGAAUGGGAGAAGAGCCUAUCUUUGUUGUGGUACAACAGUUGGGAGCAGCACAAAGUGCGUUUAGUCACUCAGCAUAUAUAUUCUUGUUGGAUUUCACCCAACUUAAGAGGAUUUUCUUUUUUUUAUUGUUUGGGUUUGUUGUUUUUUUUUUAAUCAUACUUACCUAAAUUAUUAGGUAUUAAGUUUGACUCAGUAAUUAAUGAUCAUAAGUGCAGACUUACAAUAAAGAUAAUUGUUUUUCCUUGUACUUUUUGAGAUCCAGUAGAGCUAAUACACCAGUAUUGUUAUUUCAGUGAUGUGCUAGUCAAGGGUGGGGGUUUGUUUGUUCCCUUUUUAUGAUGUUUUUAUACUAAAAGAGCAGGUACUCAGAUGUGUUUUAAAUCACUGAACAAAGUUGCAUUGGUGUAAAAUACUGAAGUGGAAAGCAUUACUACAAAUCAGCCUGUGCAAAAGGAGGGAAAAACUGAUCAAGAUCAUGAGCCUCUUGGAGAACUCUUUUCCUGUCGUGGUUCUAGACCAUUAUCCAUUGUGUGUUUUUGUUUGGGGAGGAGGGGAAGAGAGGGCAAUUAGCUUGCUUUAAAAAAAAAAGGAAGAAAUAUUACUGUAUGAAACAUAGAUUUAUGAGAAAAAUUAUAUUUUUUAUUCAGUAAUUUAACUUUGUAAAUGCCAAAUGAAUACUGUGUUUUGCUGCUACAGACCUUAGCGUGUAGACAUGCUGCUAGUGUAAAAGGAAGCAGUAGAGCUUUAUAUGGAAAGAAAAGAAGCCAGCAAAUGGUGAUGUUAGUUGAUUGACUAUGCACUAGCAUUUCAGACCUUUUUUAUUUUACAUUUGUUUUUACAUCAUUUAUAUUUUUUCCUCUUUUUUUUUAAUAUAUAUAUAUAUAUAAGCAAUAUUUUUUGAACACUGUUCCUGGGAGAUUAUUUUUUUGUAUCAUUAAUUUUUUGUUUGUUGUUUGGUCGUCGUUCUGGAUGUGUUGUUUUGUUCCUCAUUGGUUGGUAACAGCAUGCAUUGCACCUUCACAUGUUUGGGAGAACACUGUCUUGUUCGUGUCGUCUGGUUUGUUCCAUGUCUAGCUAAUUAUUCCCGUGUCUAGCUAAUUAUUGCCUAAGUUGGGUUUUGUGUACUGAAUCAGGUUCUUAGAAAUACAUGGUCCUUUGUACUGCCAUACCAAAUCUUGACUGAUAUGGCAAAAACACUGAUUUUUAUUUUGGUUUUUAUUGUUUGGGCUUUUUUUUUUUAUAACAGCCUCUGACUUUGCUGCCUUAAGAGCAUUUGGUGCAGCUUCAUCUGCACUUAAUUUUUUAUAUGACAAUGUACUGCCUUGUAGAUAAAUAAAGUGUGUUCUUUUUUACUU